AUGUCAACUCCCGCCCAGCCCAUAUAUGAAUCUUUUCAAAAGCUAAUACAUGACCUGAUAUCUGCACUUCAAAAAGCACAAGAUGAAAGCUUAUCGAAUGCUCAAAGCUUCUCCCAAACUUCGGAAACAAUUAUGCAUCAUUGUACCCAGCUAAUCAUGAAAUACAAUGCUAAAAUUGAAGAAUUGUUUUCUAUUAGCCAAAGUAUGACAACCGAACAGUUUGAAAAGGAAUGGUGUAUGAUCACAUGGCCCUUAUUAUCAAUUUUGAACAGAUUAUCAGCACGCCCUGGAACGAAUAAUGAAGAACAUGUUCAAAUGCAGUUGAAUCAGAAUUUAGUAAUUCUUGUUAAUAAGAGCCGUCAUGUUACCGUCCCACCGACUGUUGAUGUGGAUUCUAAUGAGUGGCAGGCCUUCUGGGAGCAACACCAAAGAACCCUGAAUGUUCUUCAUGAUUUAUACUCUCAGUUUGAUCGAUCAUCUAACCUUGUAGAAGAAGCAAUCAAGGAGUUUGCAUCAUGUGAAUUACCAAGAUAUUUGCAACUUUUUAGCGAAAUAUGUAUAUCCAAUCAUACGAAUGUUUUGCAAAAACUCAGAUUGUCACAGGUUGAUCGAAUGAUGAACAAAUCUGAUUUGGAUACCGAAGCAAUUCAUUUAGCUUGUGCUUAUUUUAGUAAUAUGCUAUACACGUUGGGUAUCUUGGCUGCCCGAUUACAAGGUUUACGUUGGGAGGCAUUGCAAUCAAAGAACCGAUUUUCAUCACCCGAUCCUGUAGGAUCAGUCAUCAAAACGGUCUAUAAUGUAGUAGAACGAUUAGUCUGUGAUGCUUUGCUGCCCACUAAACCUUCAACCACUGCUAUAUUAGUUACAAACAACUUAUUUCCUUUCCACUGCGCUAGUCUUGCCCCGGGUCUUAUAUUUAAGCAGUUCGAUGUUCAAAUUGUCAGCGAAGAAACAGCAAUUAGUAUUCAGAAUCAUGUAGCAUCAACUAGACGUGGAUAUAUUACUCAAACACUCGCUAGCAACUUUCUAUCCGCAGCCUUGUUGGCUGUUAAGCCCACUUCUGGAGUCAAACGGAACAAUGCUACUGCAAACGCAGAUGGAGGUAAUACAGCUCACAAAAAGUCGGAUGUGAAUAGCCGUGAAUCUGUUGUGAUACAACCUUCAUGGGAUGAUCCAUCUGCGUGUUGGCAAGCUCACUAUCCCCAUCUACUAUGUACAACGCGUCAAAAAGAUACUGUACUUCUAGAUACAAGGCUAGCUAAUACGGGUAAACGUCCUUUGUUCUAUUUCUAUACUUGUGGAAUGAUGUACGGACCAUCUGGAGAUAUCUGUUACGUCCGAACAUUAUCGCUCCCUUUCACUAUAGCAACCCGGAGAAACCAGGAUUGCCAAGUUCAAAGAAUGAUGAGUUCUUAUACAGCUACCUGUUUUUGGCUCUACGGGCUAAGAAAUGUUGACGGUCUCAUCUUGAACUGGUGUGCCAAAGGAGUUGAAUGGUCUCGCUUUGUUAAUUUAUAUACUUCGUAUUUUCUUGUGAAUGCCGCGGUGAAGCGUCCGUUGUCGGCUGCAGAUUUUCAGUUGUUAGAAGAGAAAUUAGAUUGUGAUUAUUGUCGUAGCAGCUCUCAACAUUCAGUGGACGGAGAACGAUUAGUAACUUUCAAAAAUGUGCUUUGUCCUCAUCUUCGUUAUGAUGUUGAUAAUCAGAACAUGAGAUUCAGCAUAUGGAGAGGUUUGCUAGAAGUUCUUCAAAUAUAUCAGGAUGGUCGAACUACGGUUCGCACACUCUGGAAUGACUAUAUCUUAUUAGGCUUUAAUGACAUAGCUGUGAUUGAAAAAUUAAUGGAUCCCCAUGUCUCUGUUAUGUGCCUGAGAAUCUCAUAUGUAGUAGGAGGAAGUAUUUGCAUAUCAAUGAAGACAUCAGAUGGCACAGUAGUUCAUUUAGAGCCAAUUGAUCUUAAACGUUUGCAAGCCAAAAGUAUAUUCGAGUAUGUGGUUGAUAUUGCUGACUCUGCAAAGAUUUCGUAUGUUAUCACUGCAAGAAAUGAUCUCAUGAGCAUUGAAGAGUUGAUUCGUCGUUACAAAAUCUGCCCUAACAAAGUUGAACAAAUAUCCGUUUUAUCUAAUAUAACCCAUCGUGGACGUGUAGAGAGCGUUACAAACAUCAAAUUCACUCCUCUCCGAAUCGCAGUCGUCACUGCUUUAGAAUCUAUGAAUGAGGCUCCGUCUGUCUCCUCUAUUCCAAUGAUAGAGAGUCCUGCCAUAGGACAAGAAUUACUUCCUUCUCAUCAAAUGAAUUAUCAGAACUCACUUUCAAUUGGGUCGGCUCUCGUGACAACUACUUACGAACCCGCUAUUCAGGAAGAGUCAUUCGAAAAUGAACUAGUGAAACUUAUGAAAAGGCAUCACAAAACAUCUAAUGAUCUGUAUUCGUUUGUUGGUUAUGUUCCCCCGCCGCCUACAUACUCAACAUACCUUGUUAAUAACAGUUACAUGCCAAUGGACUACGAGUGA